UUGAGUGAAUUACGUGACGAACCUAAUGAUUGGCGAAACUACUUGAGAAUGGACAUGGACACGUAUAUUUACUUAUUGGAAUUAGUGACACCGCAUAUCAAGAAAGAAAAUACUUGUAUGAGAGCAGCAAUAUCACCACAUGAAAGGCUAACAGCAACUUUAAGAUUUUUGGCAACCGGCAGAAGUUACAAAGACAUUGAAGCUAUCUACAAGGUGCUGAAGAAGGAUUACUUGAAGUUUCCCAAGACUGAAGAGGAGUGGAUGGAAGUUGCAGCGGAGUUUGAAAGAAUGUGGCAGUUCCCUCAUUGUUUAGGGUCAAUUGACGGAAAACAUAUUAGAAUUGUGCCACCUAAAGGAAGUGGGUCCUAUUAUUUCAAUUACAAAAAAACACACAGUGUUGUUCUUAUGGCAAUAGCCAAUGCCAAUUGCGAGUUUUUGUAUUGUGAUAUAGGAACAAACCGUCGGAUCUCAGAUGGAGGAGUCAUAAAUAACACUCAAUUUUAUGAAAAACUCGUUAACAACGAGUUAAAAAUUCCAAAACCCCGAUCCAUUGGAAGUUCAAACAGAGUUUUAAGAUAUGUUUUUGUUGGGGAUGAAGCCUUCGCUAUGCGUCCAGACCUUCUCAAACCAUAUCGACGAGAAACAUUAACAAGGGACCGAAGAAUUUUUAAUUACCGCCUAUCUAGGGCGAGGCGUGUUGUUGAAAACACAUUCGGCAUUUUGGCUUCCCGAUUUCUUAUUUUCCACACAAGUAUUAAUUUAAAGAUGCACAACGUCGAUACUGUAGUUCUUGCGUGUUGCGCUUUACACAACUUUUUGCGGAGAAAGUCCCCCCAAAACUACACCCCUCCUGAAAGUAUGGAUCAGGAAAAUAUUUCUGAAUGUACUGUUCAAUUAGGUGAAAGAUGUAACCCAGAAUUAGUGCACGACCUACAGCGUGGACCAAGAGGCCACAUGUUGAACAAUGCUAACGGGGUCAGAGAUCAUUUCAAGGAGUACUUUAACAAUGAGGGGUCUGUUCCUUGGCAAGAUAGAUUUAUAACUUUAAACAAUUAAUGGCGUACAUAAAUAAUUAUUUGGUACUUGUAAUUUUUUAGUAGACACUUGUAAUAAACAUUGUAAAAGCUGAUUGUACCUAUUAAAUAAAAGAAUAUGUUUCAGUUAAUAAAGCGAUUAGGUAAUAAUAGGAAAUUUUGUUGU